AUGGAAAAGAAAAAGACUGAUGGUGACGAUAAUGAUGAUGGCUUGAGGAAGGCUCAAGGGAUUAAAGAACCAGAGAGAUACAAGGAAGACAGCAAGAUUCAAGAAAUGGUUGAAGAAAAAAUAGGUGGUCAAGAAAAGAUAAACAAUAAAGAUGCCAAGAGAGAGUCUGAUGGGAAAGAAACUCAAACUGACGAUGCUAAAUUAGAAAAGAGUCAACUGAUUGAUGAAGAAGAAAGAGUUGGUCAACAUGAGAUUGCUGAUUCAGUUACAGAGGGUGAAGACAGCAGUAGCUUAAGAAAGCCUACAGAUAUUUUAGAACAAGACGUGAAGAAGCAGAAAGAUUCUCAAGCAGAGACUAGAAGUGAUGAUUUUGGGUCUGGAGCAUUUGACGAGAUUCAAAGACUAGAACCUCAUGAGCAGCUAGGUGGAACAAGUAAAGGUAGAGAAACGGCUGAUGAUGAUGGCUUAAGAAAGGCUCCAGGAAUUAGAGAGUUAGUGAGACGCAAGGAAGUAAGCAAGAACCAUGAACUGGUGGAAGGGGAAACAAGUGAUUCUGAGAAGAUAAAAGUUUUAAAGAUGCAGAGAUAG